AUGGCGACACGGCAAUGGAAUCCCUCCACAGACAUGCCGGAUCUGAACGGCAAAGUCGCUGUCGUGACUGGGGGCAGCUUUAGCUCGGGAAUUGGCCUCGAGACAGUCAGGUUCCUAGCUCGGAAAGGAGCAAAGGUGUACUUGACCACGCGAAACGAAGCGAGAGCCCGACAAGCCAAGGACAAGCUCACAAAAGACACCGGUAUCGAUGCGAGAAAUAUUCAAUACCUCGUGAUGGAUCUGUAUGAUCCGGUCAGUAUCACUCACGCUGUCGAAGAACUAAAGAGAAAAGAGACAAAGCUGCACAUCUUGACUAACACCUAUAGCCAUAUGGGACCUUUCAUUCUAAUCGACCGUCUUCUGCCCCUGCUAAAAACCGCCGCCAGAGACGUUAGCACCGACGUCAGGAUCGUCAAUCUUAGCUCCACUGCGAGUAUUAGCAUGCUCCCAGCCAAUUUCAAGUUCAAUUUCGACUCGCCAACGUGCUUCAAGAAUCCAGUUCUGUCAUACCCAUGGCAAUGGCGCUAUAUAGGAAGGUUCAUGUUUGGUUUCGACAUGAUUCGGUACGCUGUGUCUAAAGCAGCCGUAGUUCUGCUUACACAAGAGCUCCAAGGAAGGUUAGAGGCACAGAACCUACGUAUUACUUGUAUAGCUGUUCAUCCCGGGGAGGUCCUCACUGAGGGUGUGCUCGCUAUCAACAACGUUCUUGUCAGGGCUAUAGCUCGCGCGUCGUUUCUGACUGCUGAGCAGGGCGCGGUUAAUUGUUUAUUCGCAGCGACAGCGACAGAGGUCAAGAAUGACACGCUGAAGUACAAGGGGAGGUUUAUUGUUCCAGUGGGAAAGGUGGAGGAGCCCAAUCCUGUUGCUAGAGACGAUCGACAGGUCAAGGGACUGUGGGAGAAUACUAUGGUCGAGUGCGACGAAAAACUUCCUUCCUGCUUCAACUGUGCCCGUCGUGGCAUGACAUGCAGCUUGACCCAAUCUCAACCGUCUCCUCAGAACACAGAGCCAGUCGGCCGGGUUGAGAUAGAUAACACAGAGACCAACCCGAGUCCUGAUGCAUUAUCCGUCGCUGGCCAAUACCCUUGCCUUGAGGCUGGAUAUGCAGCACAUCUGGCCAUGGUCCUCCCCGAGAUGUCAUAUGAUGUACCGCUUCUGUCCCACAGCCUACUAUCCAUCGCCGCCUUGCACAAGGCUCAUCUGUUACCCGCAACAAGGGACAAAUAUCUCGAUCUCGCAGCCUAUCACCAGACCCGCGGCAUGGAAGGGUUCCGCAGCAUAUUUCACAAUAUUGACGAAAGGAACUGGCACCCUGCGUUCUGCUUCUCAUCUACAAUUAUCAUAUAUGCGUUUUCCCCGGCGGGCCGGACCGAAGAGGCCAUGGCGGAUAUCCUGCAGAUCUUUGUCUUGAUACAUGGUGUUCGACCUAGUCUCGCGGGUGCGGGACGGAGCCUUAUGGAGACGCCGUUCUCAGCAUUGGCAAAUGGAAUCGGACAGAAUGUUUUUAUGAGUAUGUGGUCCCGCUCCAAUCACGGAACAAACAUGGACUGA